AUGGCUCCUCUUCAAGUGGCUGAAGUAAAUGAAAAUCGCGGCUGUAUAUAUAAAGUGCCUCAUAGACUUCGUGAAGUGAAUGAAAAAGCCUAUGAACCAAAUGUGGUUUCAAUUGGUCCCUAUCACCAUGGUAAGCAACACUUGAAGGCGAUGCAAGUUAUCAAACGGAGUUUCUUUCUGAAGAUAGCUGAGGAAAACAACCCUAACGUCAAUGAACUUGCAAGGAUCAUGAGAAGCUUAGAAGCACGAAUUAGAAAAUGCUAUGAAGAAGAAGCUUUUUACCUUGACUCUGACCAACUUGUUGAGAUGAUGCUCCUUGAUGGUUGUUUUAUUGUUCAGCAAAUCCGGGGGAUUCACCUAGCCGAAGAUAUUUUUGAAGUGGGACGUAUUCAAACUGACAUUCUUCAUGAUUUAUUACUGCUAGAAAACCAGCUUCCUUUCUUUGUGCUUUUUGAGGUGUAUCGGACGAUGGUGCCCAUUGCUGGAGGAGAUGUUCGUCACUUGGCUCGCUCUGCUCUUUCUUUAUUCGGCGUGUCCCCUUGUCGUUUACCCGAAACAGGUAUCAUGCAUCUACUGGACUUAGUACUUAGUUGUGAACACCCUUCACCUCUAGGAAUAAAGCAACAUGAGCUUUUUAAAGCAAAAGCAAAAGCAAAAGCAAAAGCAGCAGCAGCAGCAGCAAAACCAAAUUCCCAACGCUCAUGGAAGUUCAUACGUAGCGCAACAGAGCUGGAAGGUGCUGGAAUCAGUUUCUUUGGUGACCAUAUUGAGAACAUGAAAGAUCAGAACCACGGGAUAGAGAGCAAGUUACAUAUAAUGGUGUACGGAGGCCGUACAAUGACGUGGCACGGCGCAGAGACCAGCUGGAGGCACGUGGCGUGGAGGCGGUGGCGCACGUGCGAGGGUAGAGCCUGA